AUGAGUUCCAAUAUCUUAUUCGAAGAUAUGUUCAGUAUCGAGAGUAUCGAUAAAGGUAGAUACAACAAAGUCUCCAGAAUAACAGGACAAAGUUCUACGUCGUCAGAAAUCAAAAUCACUUUAGACAUAAAUAGUGAAUUAUUCCCUGUUAAAGAUAAUGAUUCUUUAACUAUUUCAUUAGCAUCAUCAUUAGGUAAUGAAUCUUCAAUGUUAACUUCAAAUGGUUCUUGGAGACCUCCAAAGCAAGGCGAUAGAUCCUUGGCUGAUGAUUAUGAUUAUGUCAUGUAUGGUACUGUUUAUAAAUUCGAAGAAAGUAAUUCAACUGAUAAAAUGGCUGUUUAUAUUUCAUUUGGUGGGUUAUUAAUGUGUUUAGAAGGUGGUUAUAGAUCUUUAUCAAAUUUAAAACAAGAAAAUGCUUAUAUUCUUAUUCGUCAUUAUAAAGAUAGUUAA